AUUACACCGUUUGGUAACCUGGUAGCACUGAGCCCCGCACGUGUUGAAAUUGUUUUCUUUUAUUUGGAUUUAAUUUAGCUAAUUUAAGCAUGUCUGACUUUGAAAUGGAGGACAGUGGCUCGGGCUACGACUCGGGCGAUAAUUCAGAUGCCGAGCUGCAAGCGGCUUUUGAAAGAGGCGACUUAAAACCAGGUCUUAAUGUGGAGUUUAAUGGGCAAAGAGAUAAAGUAAACGAUGUGACCAAGCUGCUCGCUAAAACAGAGGCUAUCAAGCUGCAACUUCCGUGGCUGGAACGUCUGGACAUGAUCAACACACUAGCUCCAUUAGCCCCGGAACUCGCUGUCCAGCUGGAGAAGCAUGAACAGAAACGUGCUAAUCUCUUCAAAGGCAAUGCCAAGUUGCCCUAUAUCCGUCCCGAGGAGGAUCCCGUGCUGAACGAUUUCAAGAGAGAAAUGCUCUUCCAUCGACAGGCGCAAAGUGCCGUCCUUGAAGCUAUUCCGCGCCUUCACGAGCUGGGCAUCAAGACACGCCGUCCUGAUGACUACUUCGCUGAGAUGGCCAAAUCCGACGAACACAUGCAAAAGGUGCGCGCCAAUCUAAUGGCCAAACAACAGGGACAGGCCAAGUCUGAGCGCAUCAAGCAGAUCCGUGAGCAGCGCAAAAUGGGUAAGAUGCUGGCCAAGCAAACUAAAGUCCAACGCGAGGCCGAGAAGAAGGACAUGUUGGACAAACUGAAGAAGUUCCGGAAGGGCAAGCUGAAGAACCUGGACUUCCUUGAGGAUGCCAAAGCUCUUGAGUCGAAGCAGAAGCAGUCUGCCGAGAAUCGCAAAAAGCGCAACAAGAAGUUCGGCUUUGGCGGCAAAAAGAAGGGCCUUAAAAGGAACACAAAGUCAUCUUCCGCCGGAUUGGAUGGCGAUAAGUCCUCAAGGCGCCAGCGGGGCGUGAAAGCGGGCGCCUCAGUCAAUAAAAGGUUGGGAAAAUCACGGCGUAUUAAGGCCAAGGGCAAAAAGUAAAAAUUUCCGACUAUCUUAAGUGACCAAACUUUAGUUUUAAAGCGCCCCUAAUCCUGUAUAGAUUUUUUAGAACCAUAAAUACAUACAAUUUUAUGUGCA